CCCCCCUCUCGGAGGGGCGGGUCACGUGGUCCGGAGGGCAAGGCGGCGGCCGAGCGGCAUGGAGCGGUUCGAUAAAGCGGCGCUCAACGCGCUGCCGCCGGGCGACUUCAGGCAAAAUGAAGGUUCAUUAGCGUCAACUCUGAAGACUCUUCUGUUUUUCACAGCUUUAAUGAUCACCGUACCCAUUGGAUUAUAUUUCUCUUCUAAAUCUUAUAUAUUUGAAGGAAUCUUAGGGAUGUCCAACCGAGACAGCUAUUUCUAUGCUGCUAUCGUUGCUGUAGUUGCUGUCCAUGUGGUCCUCGCUCUGUUUGUCUACGUGGCGUGGAACGAAGGGUCACGGCAGUGGCGAGAAGGCAAGCAGGAUUAAAGUGAACUGUGUCUCUGGUUUCUGCAAACUGAGGAAGAAGAUUCCUAAAUGAGAGGCUCUGUGUGUGGAAUGAAGAAAGCAUGAGCAUGUUUGAAUCGACAAGAGCUUUGAUUCCUUUUUUCCAAUAGUUUGUAACUUGAUUAAACUCAAAGCUGUUGCACAAUGGAAAGCCUGUUUUAAGAAGGCAGUACAAUGAGCUGGGAGGAUAAAUUAAUUUUCAGAAACUAAAAGAUAUUUUGCACUGUAUGUACCCUUUUCUCAACCUGCCCCAUCAAAACUUAAGGUACAUUUAAGUUAUGCUUUACCAAGCUGCAUUCUCAAUUUGAGUUCCUACUUUUACUAGUAAUACUGCCAGCAUGAGUAGGUUUCUCGAUCACAUUUCCACUGAUGGAUCCGCAUUCUUCAAAUGCUAGAACUAAUCAAAGUUGCUGGGAAUCAUUAACUCUAAUUCAGAGAGAAUCUGGGUUUUUCAACACAUUAUUUUGGGUAAGAGCGGGACCUAUAUAAGAUGCAUUAAAGCAGCUUUUGGGAGCUAAAGAACCCCAAAACAAGAUGCUUUUCUGCAGUAAUUGUCCAGCGUUUGCCCAGAUUCCUUGUCAGCCUUUUAAUUGGUCUUGUUUAAACUUUGUACUUUUGAAUCAUUUUGACUGUAGUUUGUGUGAAUUCUAACCACAAACUUUUUUUUGCAGAAAAAAAAAAUUAAACUAGUGGUGAUAGUGAUGAAUUGUUGAAUUUUUGCCCCAUUUAGGGAGUGUGAUGAGCCAGGUGAACUUAAGCACCCCAGAAAUACACCCUUCAAAUUGCCCAACUGUGUUGUCCUAAGAAACCUUGUCAGUAAGAACAAAAGUAACUGUACAAAUCAUGCUUUGGUCAGAAUAUGGCCAUUAAUCUGCUCUUUCCAGCCCUGAACUACAGUGUUGCCCAGAUCUUGAAGGCCAGUAAUGUGAAUUCACACUUAUAGGAAGCUUUUGUUUUAGGUUAAAAUUCUGCCACCUUUUUCCAGUCUACUAGCUCCACUGUUUCUGAUGGGUGGUAACUACUGAACACUUAACUAGAAAGAGCUGACUGUAGCCUCUCUCUAGUGAAAAUAUUGGUAUUAUAGUUACUGAUUGUCAUCACCCAUUUAAUUGGUAUCUUAUUGCUUAUAAGCAGUGACCCCUCCACAUCUGCUGGGGUUGAGUCCCUGAAAGUUUGUGAGUGGGUCAGACUUAAAGAUUAUGGGUCAAAUGGAGUUAAGGCCUCUGGCUUCAACUGUAUGGGGAGCUUCACUCUUCUUAAUGGUUCUCACUGAUCAGUGCUACUUUCAUUAUCCCGAGUAACUCAACUCUACUUCAUUUUUUAAAGAAAUCAAGCUUCCCUGCCCAUUUCUCAAAUGACUUCCUUACUUCCCUGCUUUGAGGUCAUGGUUAUGGACAGUGAUAUAAAGAACAAUGUGAAGCACCGCAACUGGCUAUUAGUGACACAAGGAACAUGAUGCCAGGCAGAGGAGUGAUUAUGGACCACCUGAAAUGACACUGGACAGGCUCAUUGACAACAACAAAAGCCAGCAUUCUUUAUAACUACACCGUGAAACCAGAGUGAUAUGUAGACUAUUGAAAUACACAAAAUUGUGGUUGAGGAAAACCUGUCUUUUUUUUAAGAUUGUUGUAAUCAUAACAAAAACAUUAAAAGGAUGGGGAAAUAUUAGAAAAAGAUUAGGGGUAAGAUUCACAUAAAAGGGAUUUGUUCGGCAAUGGGAAAAUCAAACUGAAUGUGUUUUAAUGUUCCUUUUCAAGAUUUGCUUUUGGAAAGAAGAGUGUUCUAUUUCUAGGAAUUGCAGAGUCUUGGUUGGUAGGGAUUAGCUCAAGGAGUAAUGCAGCAUUAUUUUUGAACAACUCUUUUUUUUAUCAGUUGCUUUUGUCAAGGCAAACUGUUUUUCUGUUUCAGAUGCUUCUGUUUCGCUAACUUAUGUAAUCUUUUGUCUUAUGCCAUUCUUAGGGUGUUUUUUUUUUCUUGUGGUUUUUUUUGGAUCAGUGAUCUCCUUAUUCUAAAAGGAUUAAUGCUCAGUGAGAUUCCAGCAAUAUAAAUAGUGUUUGAUCUUGAGUCUUGUAGGUUUAAAAUAAUUGCUUGAUGCGUAUUGGUAGCUACUCCCGUGAAUAUGUUUACAAAAGUAAUUCAUGUAAGGGGAGUUCACUUUCCAGAGGUAAGCAGGAAAAUGCUCUAUAUAGAAGGCCAGGAUCAUAUCCUAAAAUUUACACCCAUGUUGGGUAGAAUGAUAGCCAAAAUGUUACUUUCAGAAUGUUUUUUUUUCCUUGUAUUGACAUUUAACAUAUGAACCUGCUGCUGCUCUACACUGUAUAAAAUGGGAUGUGGUAUUUGAAAAGUAGGUUAUUUUUGAAGAUGUCACAUUUAUGAACGUACCUCAGGUACCCUGCUGUACAUUUUAAUAAAGAACUACAAUGUGA